AUAGGUUUUAAUUAAUGUUAAUUUUGUUAGUUGGUUAAUUCUAUUUAUUAUCCUUUAAAACAGACCAAAUAAGUAUGUAAAGAUAUAUCUUUUCAUUUAUUUCUUUUUUUUCCUGGAAAAUGGUCUAUGAAUGUGUCUUUUUUUGAUUUGUUCAAUUUUACAUACUAUCAUUUUAUAUUCUAUCUUUUGUAGUAAAAAAUCAUUUAUCAGCCAACUUUCACAAAUUAAUUUUAAUGAAAAUAUAAUUUAUACUACCGCACUAACACAACUCUGAAUUUUUGAAUUAUAAUUUAUCUUUUCAUUUAUAAAAAUUCCUUGCUAACUGUAUCUAUGUUUUUCAUAAAUCUAAGCAUUCUAACCACUCCAUGUAAUCAUUCUUUUACCAUACAUAUAUUUUAUGUGAUUUCAAAGAAAUCAAAGAAAAUAUAUAAAAUAUGGCAUAUUAUUUUUUACGAAAUGAGUUUCCGUGCGAUAUCGCACGGGUUCCUUGCCUAGUUCUAGUAAUAGAAUGAAAGAUAUUGAGGCGGUGGUCAAAGGAAAACAAGUUUUUCUUACUUUUGUUUAUGGGGAUCCGGUGCAAAAGCUAAGAGAACAAGUAUGGGAGAGACUAACUCGAUUUGGAUUGGCACGUUCGGAACCUUGGUUUAUUAUUGGAGAUCUAAAUGAAAUUACUGGGAAUCAUGAAAAGGAUGGAGGCUCCCUACGUAGUACAACUUCAUUUAUCCCCUUCAAUAAUAUGAUAAGAAAUAGUGGUUUAUUAGAAUUUCCGGCUAGAGGAAAUACACUGUCUUGGCAAGGAAGAAGGGGCAAAGGGAAAGGAGCAGUGACCGUCAGAUGUCGCUUGGAUCGGGCUUUGGCAAAUGAGGAAUGGCACACGCUCUUUCCAUGUUCUUAUACAGAGUAUCUAAAAAUGGUGGGGUCUGAUCAUCGUCCAGUGGUGGCUUUUUUGGAGGAUAAUGUUCCAAGGAAAAAAAAAAGGGGGCAAUUUAGAUUUGACAAAAGAUGGAUUGGUCAGGAGGGUUUCAUGGGGUCGAUUACAGCAGGCUGGACGGAGAGUCAGCAAGGACAAUUAGGAGAUCUUGCUACAAAAAUUAAAAAUUGUCGUCAUGAAAUAUCUUCAUGGCGUAAGAAUAAUCAACCAUAUGGAAAGGAUAAAAUACAGGAGCUACAAAGGGCACUGGAGGAGGUUCAAAUGGAUAAUAAUAGGUCACAAGAAGAGAUUAUUGAGGUUUCUAGGAAACUGCAGAAGGCUUAUAAGGAUGAGGAGGAAUAUUGGCAUCAGAAAAGCAGGAAUAUGUGGUACUCAUCUGGAGAUCUGAAUACUAAAUUUUAUCAUGCUUUGACGAAGCAGCGUAGGGUUCGUAACAAAAUAGUGGGUCUCCAUGAUGAAGCAGGUAAUUGGAUAACGGAUGAGAAAGGAGUUGAGAAGGUGGCAGUUGAUUAUUUUGAGAGUCUGUUCACGACCACGGAUCCAACGGAAUUUGAUAGUUUUUUGGAGGAGAUAACACCAUCUAUUUCUCCCCAAAUGAAUCAAAUAUUACUGAGAAUGGCAACGGAGGAAGAGGUCCGACAAGCUUUAUUCAUGAUGCGUCCGGAGAAAGCGCCAGGACCGGAUGGGAUGACAGCUCUUUUCUUCCAACACUCUUGGCAUAUAAUUAAGAGGGAUGUGGUUGAGAUGGUGAAUAAAUUUCUUCUCACAGGGAAUAUGGAUCCACGUUUAAACAUUACUAAUAUAUGUAUGAUUCCUAAAGUAGAGAGACCCACAAGGAUGACGGAAUUAAGGCCGAUAAGUCUUUGUAAUGUUGGUUACAAGAUUAUCUCGAAGGUUUUGUGUCAAAGAUUGAAAAUUUGCCUACCAAGGCUAAUUUCUGAGACACAAUCGACAUUUGUGGCGGGCAGGUUAAUAUCAGAUAAUAUUCUUAUAGCGCAGGAAAUGUUUCAUGGACUGAGGACAAAUAAGUCAUGUCAGAAUAAAUUUAUGGCAAUCAAAACGGAUAUGAGCAAGGCAUAUGAUAGGAUUGAGUGGAAAUUUAUCGUGGCACUUCUUCACAAAAUGGGAUUUGAUCCUCGUUGGACUAAUUUGAUGAUGGAAUGUAUUUCUUCGGUUCAAUAUAGGGUUCUUAUCAAUGGUCAACCACAAGGACUUAUUUUUCCUCAACGAGGCUUACGGCAGGGGGAUCCUCUCUCUCCGUAUUUAUUUAUUAUGUGUACUGAGGCAUUAAUCGCGAAUAUUAAGAGGGCGGAGAGAGAGAAACAACUUACUGGUUUAAAGGUGGCAAGAGCGUGUCCAGCAAUCUCUCAUUUGCUAUUUGCCGAUGAUAGUCUUUUCUUUUGCAAGGCAAAUAAGGAGGAAUGUCAAACCAUUCUUAGGAUUUUAAAGGAAUAUGAGGCUGUCUCAGGGCAACAAAUAAAUUUUCAGAAAUCUUCAAUUCAAUUUGGGCAUAAGAUUGAAGAACCAAAUCGUCAAGAAUUGAGAGAUGUUUUAGGAAUUCAAAAUAUAGGAGGCAUGAGAUCCUAUUUAGGUUUGCCAGAAAGUCUAGGAGGAUCUAAGGUACAAGUAUUUGGUUUUGUUCAGGAACGGUUGAAUAAUAGAGUUAAUGGAUGGACCUUUCGAUUUUUUACUAAAGGAGGAAAAGAGGUAAUUAUUAAAUCGGUAGUUACGGCCCUGCCCAACCAUGUUAUGUCUGUUUAUCGAUUACCGAAGGCUACUGUUAAAAAAUUAACAAGUGCAGUUGCUCGGUUUUGGUGGAGUCCAGGAGGAAGUUCUAAAGGUAUGCAUUGGAAAUCAUGGGAUAAAUUAUGUGAAACCAAAGAAAAUGGUGGGUUAGGGUUCAAGGAUCUUAUGGAUUUUAAUACGGCAAUGCUUGGAAAGCAAUUAUGGAGACUGAUUGAGAAGCCAAAUACUCUUUUCUCAAGAGUUUUCAAAGGACGGUAUUACAGGAAUGCUUCACCCCUGGAACCGAUUCGUUCUUCUUCUCCGUCAUAUGGCUGGAGGAGUAUUAUUUCUGCUAGAUCUCUGGUUUGUAAAGGACUAAUUAAAAGGGUGGGAACAGGUUCGUCUAUCUCUGUAUGGAAUGAUCCUUGGAUCCCAGCCACUCGCCCGAGACCAGCAAACAAUAAUUUUCCCAACUUUUAUCCGGACCUCACAGUGGAUUCCCUCAUUAAUUCAGAAUCUCGCUCAUGGAAUUUACAGGUAAUCAGGACUCUAGUGGAUCCUACGGAUGCAAAAAUUAUUGAAAGUAUUCCUUUAAGUAGGAAUCAGUUUGAGGAUAGGAAUGGAUGGCAUUUUACUACUAAUGGAAAAUAUUCAGUCCGAUCAGGUUAUCAAGUGGAACGAGUCUAUCCUGAUAAGGAAAAACCACCAGAUUUUUAUGGCCCUACAGUGGAUAUACUUAAAGCUUUCUGUUGGAAAGUUCGGUGCCCCCCAAAAAUAAGACAUUUUUUAUGGGAACUUCUCUCGGGAUGUAUAUCGGUAAUAAAAAAUCUCAAGGCAAGAGGGAUACAAGAAGAUAUAUGUUGUGCUCGAUGCGGAUGUCCGGAAGAAUCAAUUAACCAUGUAUUUUUUGAAUGUCCGCCGGCACGCCAAGUGUGGGCAUUAUCCAAGAUUCCGUCGUCUCCUAAUAUCUUUCCUAGCACUUCAUUAUUUGCUAAUAUGGAUCAUCUUUUUUGGAGAGUUCAACCAUUGAUGGAUGACCAUCAGUUUGCAUGGAUUUUAUGGUAUAUUUGGAAAGCCCGAAAUAACAAAGUUUUUAGUAAUCUGGAUAUUGAUCCGAGGGAUACUCUUCAAUUAGCUGAAUUAGAAUCAUCACUUUGGGCAGAAGCACAGGUGGGAAAUGACCCUACGAGGGAGCCUUCGGUACAGACCAGUUCCUCCCUAGCAAUACAAGGUCGAUGGUGUUUCAUAGAUGGUUCAUGGAAAGAUAAGGAUUCUUUUUCAGGGUGUGGGAACCGAAAUUCGCACUAUCGAUUUCCGUUUAAAUAAGGAAACUAAGAAAACCCUAGUUUCCCAGAGGACCCGGAUAUCUGUUAAUUACCACACGUCAAGCAAUCAGAACACGAGA